AUGAGCUAUCCAAUCCGCGCAUUCCGAACCAUCGUGAGAAAAACGAGUCAACUACCACUCGACCACAAAGCUGUGUCAUACCUCCGAAAGUAUGCAAAACACUCGUUCAAACAGCCACUCACAAAACGGAAUUUCGAGGCCAUCGACACCCACACCACCCUUCUAGACAGGGCAUUGCGGCUCGACGUCAGUCCGCUUGAAACGCUUAUCGAGUUAGCGUACAAACAAGGUGCAAAACCAGACAACUAUAGAGAUCGACCGCCGUGGUUGAAGCACUUCACGUCCACACGGGUAGGGAGCACCGAUGUGGAUGAUUUGGUCUACCGGUGGCCGCAGAUUCACUUGGCCGAAAGGCACAGUAAGAGCCAAGAAUACCAAAAAACGUACCGUACCUCGUUAGAGGCUCAGAAAAGGGACUUCCAGCAGCGCUAUGCGUUCAGUAUCCACAACAUAGAGGCCCUCGUGCUCUCUGAGAGCUUUAACAUCUCCUCCGACACAGCCUGCCCUCCCCCAACAACUAUCCCACUUACGGAACCAUCAGUGGUGGAAUCUCCCCUUGUUCGGCUAGAUAUCUCGCAGAUUGAAGCGUUGUACAAGCUGGUUUGCCAUACCACAAGCUUGAUCACGCACUAUAAGAAGGCGCUUCUCCCGUUCCAGGCCGAGGUCCCGCCUCACCAGUUGGGCCACCCGGUCGCCAACGUACGCAUUAAAAACAUCACAGCCAGGAAGAUCGAGGCGCUCCAGGCAUUCUUCAACAAUGACUUCAUGAACAUGUCCUUAGAAAACUUGCGCCAUCUCGAGGCCUUGGUCAAAACUGAGCAAAACUACAAGCUGUUCAACAUGGAAAGGUAUAUUAAGCAAGGGAACUCACUAUUCCCGGCUGAAAGGUUGCUCAGGAAGAUAAAGAACCGGUACACUGGGUUUACCAGAAAGCAGUACGCGUUUGGGGAGGUAUUGGGGGAGGAUAGCAGGGCUCAGAAGACCAAUGAGCUCGUCUUGCCGUCGGUUGUGAUGUGGAAACUCAAUAAAGAGCAGGAAAUGUAA